AUGAAGCGACCUGCCAGUGCCGGUGCCAGCCGAGCCGCAAAGGCAAAGGCAAAGGCCGCUGCUUUGCCUCCCAUGCCGCCUGGGCCAGACAACGUGGAGGACCUCUUCCAGUGGGCCAGCGCAGUGAAGACCAAGUUGAUGGCUGACAGUUCUUUGUCGAACAACCUUGAGCACCGCCUAAAGCAAGGCAUAGUCAUUGACUCGGACCACAGUGGCAGCGGCAACGGGGAGGGCGGCUUGCUGUGCGCGUUGAAGAAUGCAGGAGUGGAGGAUGCUCAGGUGUGCAUUCACAGUGUUUGCGACAAGGACGCCAGCUGCCAAGCUCUGCUGAAGCUGCUGGUCUCGGAUGAAGGCGACGGUCCGGAUGGCAGGCUUGGAGGCGACCGCAACCAGCGGACGCGUGUGUUUGGAGACUUGGUGCAGCAGAUUCCGCACGAGAAGCUGGAGAUGCUUUAUGAGAUGCUGCCCAACGCAGAUGAGCCUCCUGAAGUCAAGAAGAAAGCUUAUAGAGAGGUGGCGAACCGCAUCAAGGGCAACAUGGAAGAGUUUUUGCCCAAGAACAGAACCCAGUAUGACAUGGUCAGCGGGCAGUUUGCGCCGGUGACACGCCAAGGCUGCGCCUCAGAGACAGUGCGCGUGAGAAUUUCUGGAACAGAGUGCUACCAGUGGUCUCGCAUGAACAAGAGCAGACUGCAAGACGGAGCAAGCAAUUUUUUUGUGUUUGUAGUCUGGGUUUGCGUGACCCUUCGCAACCUGUCCCAGAUUGUCAUCCACGAGAACGUUACUGCCCAUGAUGAGGAUAUUUUGUCCGAGUUCCUUUCAGGGGCGUAUGCUCUCCACGCCUUUGAGGUCUCUCCGGAGCACCUAGGAUGGCCUGUGCGGAGGACAAGGCGGUACACAGUGGGAGUCCUGCGCAGGGGCUGGUUCUUUACUGGCGAUGUGACGCGCUUUCUACAGAUCUUUGGGAUGUCCCCGACCUUGCUUGGCUCGGCUCCGGAGGGGGACGUGGCCUGCUGGCUGCAAGAGGCUGCCGCCAAGAAGCACAAGGUCAGCGCUGAUGGCCACAUCGAUGCUCGCGCACUCCUGACUCCUGCUCAGAAGCGGCGGCUCAAAAACACAGAGGAGAAGAUGCGCGGGCUUGAAGUGCACAGUUGGGUCUGCGACGUUCAACAGGAAGUGGAUUGGACAAAGACAAACGAUUUUGUUCCAGUGCUCCUUCGCGGAAGCCUUCUUUGGAGCAACACAAAGGAACGCUUGGCUUUGGCGUCUGAGCACCUCCUGUUUCAAGGAGUUCCCUGCUUCCGAAAGCUUGAUGACAAGGUGGCGCCCUGCAACUGGCCACAAAUCAUGUGCGUGAGCAAGCAGAUGGGCUUCAGUGAGCACUGCUGGAAAUCUAUGGCUGGCAAUGCCAUGCACAGAGCAGUUGCUGGGCUGCUUGGCGCAUAUGUCAUCGCCAACUUGCGGCGCAAGGUGAAGCCGCACCCCGCCUCGGGCCUUUCCCUGGGAUCCUUCCUUGUGCCAGAGCCCAAGCCGCCGACAGAUGUACGAGGUGGUGGUGAAAGAGGUGAAGAGGCUCAAGAGUGUGCAGACAUCAAUAGCCCUGCAGCAGGCGCAUACAGGACUCCUAACAAGAAGAAGGGGGCUGGGCCGCUAGGCCGUGGCGCGAGCUGCAUGAGUCUUGGGUCACUUGGGUCCGCCGCGUCCGCCAGUUCGAUGUCGCCUUUUUUGAGCCCGCCGUAG